UCAGGUGAAGCCGAAAUGCAAAUGAAAUUCGAUUGGUAUAAAGUCCUUGGCUCUUGCCUAGUAAUACACGCGAUGUUUCUUGAAGUGACAGUCUACCAAGUCCUGGUGAUCGCUUCCCUGAUCACGCUUUCGGCAUGGUUUGUCCAAUUCCACUGGCGUCGGCGGAAGCUGUACAGGGCAGGGUACCAGAGGAAAGGUCCACUGGCUUUGCCUUUCAUCGGCAGUGCACUGUACUUCGCGGGAUCCACCAAAGAUAUCCUGCAAAGUGUCAUCUCCAUAGUGAACGAGUACGAACCCCCAGUCCCGGUUUGGAUAGGAAACCGCCUUAACAUAUGCAUUGUGGACCCCAAAGACAUGGAGAUUAUCCUCAAUCACCCCCACUCAAUCGGCAAGGACCUGGUGUACCGCUUCUCGAACUCAACAGUCGGGACCGGCAUUUUCACGGCACCCGUUGAAAAAUGGAAGCGCAAUCGCAAGCUGAUCAACCCGGCCUUCAACCAGAAGAUCUUGGACGGCUUCGUCGAGGUGUUCGCCGAACAGGCCUCCGUGCUGGCGGACCAACUGAAGAGGGAGGUCGGGCGGGGAAUCUUCGACGUUUUCGACUAUGCCAGUCGAUGCGCGGUGGACAUUAUUUGCGAGACCGAAAUGGGCGUCUCGGUCAACGCGCAGGUGUCCGAUUCGGAGUACCUGAAGUGGGCCAACAGGGCGAUGCACAUCAUGUUUAAAAGAAUGUUUAACAUUGCGCUGAGCUUUGACUUCAUCUUCAAGUGGCAUCCACUCGCCAAGGACUUGGAGGAGGUCAACGGCAAGAUUCACAAGUUUACUGGAGGCGUUGUACGCCAAAAAAGGGAAGCGCAUCGGAGGCGGCUCCGCGAGGGCUACGUCGACGGAGCGCCUAGACGCAACAACUUACUGCAACAGUUAAUCGAACUCUCAGAGGAUGGGGAGACAUUUACGGACGAAGAGCUGCGGAUGGAAGUGGACACCUUCAUGAUGGCGGGCAGUGACACCACCGCGUCUGUCAGCAGCUACAUUUUGCUGAUGCUCGCAAUGUUUCCCGACGUUCAGGAAAAGGUGUACGAGGAGGUUAUGGACGUUCUCGGCCCAGACCGUCCUUGUGACGUUAAGGAUUUGGGCCGGUUUGUGUACCUGGAGAGGGUCAUGAGGGAGACGAUGCGGCUUUUUCCACCGGGGUCGGUUUUCGGACGCAACGUUACCGGAGACAUCCAGCUAGAGAAAUGUAUGGUGCCAGCGGGAAGCACUGUGCUUUGCGUAAUCUUCGCGUUGCACCGCAACCCGGACAUUUAUCCGGACCCUCUUCGGUUUGAUCCCGAUCGAUUCGCACCCGAGGCGAAGUCCAAGCGUCACUCUUACAGCUGGUUGCCAUUUUCCGCAGGUCCACGUAACUGCAUUGGAAUCAAGUACGCGUUGAUGGUACUGAAGGUACUAAUAGCUACGGUUGUCAGACGGUAUCGGUUUUCAUCAGAUUACACUGACAUUUCAAAGAUAGAUUUCAAGGUGGACGUUACACUUAAGCCGAUCAUGGGACACAGGGUCGCAGUGGAGCUGAGAGAGUGAUCCAUCUUCAAACUCUGUCAAUAAAUUUUUAUGACAUA